CUUCCAUCUUCUCGUCAACAACAUUACUUUCCCACACAACCAACACCACCACCCACACCCAUCUCACACCCUACAUUCUAUACGCCAAUACCGUCAAUCUCGCCCUCCAGUUGUAUCCAUCCAUCACUUCCGGUUCUGGCAUUUCCUCUCUCUUCCCCCAUCCCCUUCCUCUGACCUUCGCUCCAGCUAUGGCUGCGGCAUCGCCGGUCGCCGGUGGUUAUUCCAUCAAUGUCAAUGACCCAACCCUCAUCUCUCUUGUCAACAGAUUGCAAGAUGUCUUCACAACUGUCGGAGUCCAAAACCCUAUAGAUCUUCCUCAAAUCGUCGUUGUUGGCUCACAGUCCAGCGGCAAAUCUUCUGUCCUGGAAAACAUCGUCGGGAGAGACUUCCUCCCUCGUGGUGCCGGUAUCGUGACACGACGGCCGCUCGUCCUUCAGCUCAUCAACAGACCUUCUCCUGCUAAGCUACAGACCAACGGUGUCACCGAGAAAGAAUUACAAGAGAGCUCUGACAAGGAGGCCAACGUCAACGAGUGGGGAGAGUUUCUACAUUUGCCAGGGCAAAAGUUCCAUGAUUUCAACAAGAUCCGAGACGAGAUUGUCAAAGAGACGGAAGCAAAAGCUGGUCGAAAUGUCGGCAUCUCCCCGGCCCCAAUCAACCUACGCAUCUACUCCCCCAACGUCCUAACUCUCACAUUGGUCGAUUUGCCUGGUUUGACAAAGGUUCCGGUCGGCGAUCAACCAAGAGAUAUCGAGCGACAGAUUCGCGAGAUGGUUCUCAAACAAAUAUCCAAGCCCAAUGCAAUCAUUCUUGCAGUCACCGCUGCCAACGUCGAUUUAGCCAAUUCCGACGGCUUGAAGCUAGCCAGGGAGGUCGAUCCCGAGGGUCAGAGAACAAUUGGUGUCUUGACAAAGAUUGAUCUCAUGGACCAAGGCACCGAUGUGGUCGACAUCUUAGCCGGCCGCAUCAUUCCCCUUCGCAUGGGCUACGUUCCUGUGGUCAACCGCGGUCAACGCGAUAUUGAGAAUAAGAAACGGAUAGAUUUGGCCCUCAAGGCGGAGAAGGAUUUCUUCGAAAACCAUCCUUCGUACAAAAACAAGGCCUCAUACUGCGGAACACCCUACCUGGCCCGCAAACUGAACUUGAUUUUGAUGAUGCACAUCAAGCAGACACUGCCCGACAUCAAGACUCGAAUUGCCAAUUCGCUGCAAAAGUAUAGCUCCGAACUCGAACAAUUAGGCGCUGGUGACUUGCUGGGCGGCAACAACAGUUCUAAUAUUAUCCUCAACAUCAUCACCGAAUUCGCCAACGAGUAUCGGACCGUCUUGGAAGGAAACAGCGCCGACCUGUCCAGCAACGAGUUGUCCGGCGGCGCCAGAAUCUCCUUUGUUUAUCACGAACUCUACUCCAAUGGUGUCAAGGCCGUCGAUCCUUUCGACCAAGUCAAAGAUAUUGACAUUCGCACUAUCCUCUACAACUCCUCCGGUUCAUCCCCUGCCCUCUUUGUUGGCACCACCGCGUUUGAGUUGAUCGUCAAACAACAAAUCCGACGUCUGGAGGAACCUUCUCUUAAGUGUGUAUCUCUCGUCUACGACGAACUCGUUCGCAUUCUUGGUCAGAUCCUCGGCAAGCAACUCUUCCGACGAUAUCCCCAACUCAAGGAGAGAUUCCAUUCCGUGGUCAUUGCAUUCUUCCGCAAAGCCAUGGAACCGACAAACAAGCUCGUCAAAGAUUUGGUGGCAAUGGAAGCAUGCUAUAUCAACACCGGCCAUCCGGAUUUCCUCAACGGGCAUCGUGCCAUGGCCAUUGUCAACGAUCGCCACAACGCCGCCAAACCCACCCAAGUUGACCCCAAGACAGGCAAGCCCUUGCCACCAUCUAUCCCCCCUCGAUCAGGGUCCCCUAGUCUUCCAGUCGACGGCUCGGAUCAGAACUCGGGCUUCUUUGGCUCGUUUUUUGCCAGCAAAAAUAAGAAAAAGAUGGCAGCAAUGGAACCACCACCAGCCACUCUGAAAGCCAGUGGAACCCUGUCUGAGCGAGAAAACCAAGAAGUCGAGGUGAUCAAACUGCUGAUCAACAGUUACUUCAACAUCACCCGACGCACCAUGAUUGACAUGGUCCCCAAGGCCAUCAUGUUGAACCUUGUCCAAUUGACCAAAGAUGAAAUGCAGCGAGAGCUCUUGGAGCAGAUGUACAGAACCCAAGAGUUUGAUGAACUUCUCAAAGAAAGCGACUAUACAGUGCGGAGACGUAAAGAGUGUCAACAGAUGGUGGAAAGCUUGUCCAAGGCGAGCGAGAUUGUCAGCCAAGUCCAGUGAAACGGUGGGAGCUGUUGAAGCGAGCGAUAGCUUACACACGCAACGAGUGCUGGCAAGGCACGGGCGCGGUAUCAAUGGUGUCUCUACGGAUUUCCGGACCCCAGCCUCGAGCGACGAGCAGCCAUGAACGAUCCGGAGGAACUGAGCUGGUGGGACGUGGACGUCCUCCUUUUCCUUUGUUCUGACCGACUUCCGCAAUUUGCACGAGACCAACAUUGUAUUCAGGCGCCUUGGAAAUUAUGAUACCAUGAUUCGCAGAGUUCAUGAGCGGUCGAUGUUGGGAUUGGUUUGGCACGGACUGACUAGAUUUGCGGAUUGUGGUGAUGAGGACACUGGAUGGUGGUAUGAUUGGGCUGGUUUGCGACAGCGAGCGAGGCGUGAUCAGGCACAAAUGUCUCGACUUUUGUAUCGUUUUGGUCAUGUUGCAGUCCCAUCAUUGCCUCACGCCAGAGUGACAAGUGCAUAGCUUGAGUAGGAUGUAUUGCCAACCGUAGACGACAAAGCGUCAAUAAUCAGAUCGCCAAGGUCCAGUUUUGAGAGAGUUGUAUAGUCGAAAUGUUGCACACGGUUGAUGCCUACUUUCUGAGAUAGCCAGAGUACUCAUGUUACAUGCAAACGUGGUAUAAACGAG